UACAGGGACAAACAAACAAACAAACAAGUCGCACCUCGAGUUGCCUGAGUCUCUUCUCCCGGGCGCUCUCUUCCUCCCUCUCUCCGACCUCCUCGCAGCUCCAGCCCCGACCCUCGGCCCCUCUGUGCCGGGUCUCGCCGAGGGGCGCCAGGACCCUCGCGGCAGCCUCCCCUCCCCCCGCCCCGGUCCGGCCCUCCCCUCCCGGCCCGGCCGCGCAGCCAAUCCCCCGAGUGGCCGCCAACAUGCUCUUUGAGGGCUUGGAGCUGGUGUCGGCGCUGGCCACCCUCGCCGCGUGCCUGGUGUCCGUGACGCUGCUGCUGGCCGUGUCGCAGCAGCUGUGGCAGCUGCGCUGGGCCGCCACCCGCGACAAGAGCUGCAAGCUGCCCAUCCCCAAGGGCUCCAUGGGCUUCCCGCUCAUCGGAGAGACCGGCCACUGGCUGCUGCAGGGUUCAGGCUUCCAGUCGUCGCGCCGGGAGAAGUACGGCAACGUUUUCAAGACCCACUUGCUGGGGCGGCCGCUGAUCCGCGUGACGGGAGCGGAGAACGUGCGCAAGAUCCUACUGGGCGAGCACCAGCUAGUGAGCACCGAGUGGCCGCGCAGCGCGCGCGUGCUGCUGGGCCCCAACACGGUGGCCAACUCCAUCGGCGACAUCCACCGCAACAAGCGCAAGGUCUUCUCCAAGAUCUUUAGCCAUGAGGCACUAGAGAGCUACCUGCCCAAGAUCCAGCUGGUGAUCCAGGACACACUUCGAGCCUGGAGCAGCCAGCCUGAGGCCAUCAACGUGUAUCAGGAGGCCCAGCGGCUUACCUUCCGAAUGGCGGUGCGCGUGCUGCUAGGCUUCAGCAUCCCUGAGGAGGAGCUGGGACACCUCUUUGAGGUGUACCAGCAGUUUGUGGAGAAUGUCUUCUCUCUGCCUGUGGACCUGCCCUUCAGUGGCUACCGGAGGGGCAUCCAAGCUCGGCAGAUCCUUCAGAAGGGCCUAGAGAAGGCAAUCCGCGAGAAGCUGCAGUGUACCCAGGGCAAAGACUACUCGGAUGCCCUGGACAUUCUCAUUGAGAGCAGCAAGGAACACGGCAAGGAGAUGACCAUGCAGGAGCUGAAGGAUGGCACCCUGGAGCUGAUCUUCGCAGCCUAUGCCACCACGGCCAGCGCCAGCACAUCCCUGAUCAUGCAGCUGCUGAAGCACCCUGCUGUGCUGGAGAAGCUGCGCGAGGAGCUGCGAGCCCAGGGUCUGCUGCACGGCGGUGGCUGUCCCUGUGAGGGUGCCCUGCGCCUGGACACGCUUAGUGGCCUGCGCUACCUGGACUGUGUCAUUAAGGAGGUCAUGAGGCUCUUCACGCCCAUCUCCGGUGGCUACCGAACUGUGCUGCAGACCUUCGAACUGGAUGGUUUCCAGAUCCCCAAGGGCUGGAGUGUCAUGUACAGCAUCCGAGACACCCACGACACAGCGCCUGUGUUCAAGGAUGUGAACGUGUUUGACCCUGAUCGCUUCAGCCAGGCACGCAGUGAGGACAAGGAUGGCCGCUUCCAUUACCUCCCAUUUGGCGGUGGCGUGCGGACCUGCCUGGGCAAGCAUUUGGCCAAGCUGUUCCUGAAGGUGCUGGCAGUGGAGCUGGCCAGCACCAGCCGCUUCGAGCUGGCCACCCGGACCUUCCCUCGCAUCACUCUGGUCCCUGUCUUGCACCCGGUGGAUGGCCUUAGUGUCAAGUUCUUUGGUCUGGACUCCAAUCAGAAUGAGAUUCUGCCUGAGACAGAGGCCAUGCUGAGUGCUACAGUGUAGCCUCACUCUGGUCUCCGCCCAGCCCAGCAGAGGGAUGUGGGACAGGGAUAGAAACCUGUUGGGUGGGGAGAGGCUGGACAGGAGGCCAGUAGCACCCCCAUGCUGUCCUCCUCUGGCCUCUUCCCUGGCAAACCCUCCCCCCAAAACAAAAACAAAAGGGCCCCACCUCUCCUGACUCCCACUCUCUUGGAUCUCCACUGCCCCAUAGUUUAGCUCCCUGGACAGGGUCAGGACAGGGCUCUGCAUGCCCAUGACAGUGUUAGCGCCAGCUGAUUGAGCUGCAGUCCAAGCUUAUGAACUCUGAACACUCCCUUACCUGACCUACCCCUUUGUCUUUUUGUUGGUGGUCAGGUGGCUGUGCAAGCAGGAGGGAGGAAAAGAGGCCUUGGAGCACUCUGUGACACCCUGUGCCACCCCUCCUGUCAUUGCUCACCUGGUGCCCACAACAGGGCCCUGGGGAUUUCCACGUAAGCCAACAUCGACAGGGCGGGAGCUCCACCAGCCUCCAGGGGGCCUGUGCCAGCCUAACCAGUUUGGACAUUGGAAAUUACCUUUUGCUGCUAUUUGUUCUUCUGACCUUGGGGUAUAGGAGCCUAUAGGCUUAACCCUCAGCAUCUUCCUUGGUGGCCCUGGACAGGUACCCCAGCAUUCCUCCCCGGUGGGACCAACUGAGCCAGGUGGCUCCUGGCUACAGCUGGGCUCCCAGCUGCCCAACCCUGCCCCCCUAGCCCAUAUUUAUUCACUGACCUUGGCUACACCGAGGUCUGCAGAAGCCCCACCCCUAUAUACACACACCUGCCAACCUCUGUCCUAGCUGUCCUUUUCAGGACUUAGGUGAGGCAAGAAGACAGUGUGGAAGGUUAGCAGCCCUCCUGGGCUCCAGGCAAAAGGUUCAGUUUGACCUCAGAGCCCUGGGCUAGUGGGUCUGGGGGCCACCACUUCCUGCUCACCCGCUGCCUGCCCUGGUGCCAGCCACUCCCCUGUUAAGGGUGCAUAAGGACACGAGUUCUUCUGAGGGGAUGUCUUGCCUUUCCUUCCUUAAACCCUCACUCUCUGCCCCUUUGCUCUUGGAGGAGUCCCCCUCCCCCAUGGCACUGUGUGCUCAGCUCAGAGCAUGGGGUAGAGAUGAAAACAGAUCAGGUAGAGAGAGCCUGCCCUGGAGCUGCUGGGGGGGGGGGGGGGGGCACGACACUGUUGCUGGUGAAGCUGCCCGGGAGGCUGAAGCUAGAAAGCCAUGGAGAAGAGGGAGAGGACAGGGCAUAAGUGAUUUGUCAGAAGUGGUUCAGUCGCAGAAAGGCCAGUGGGGCUGGGGGAGGGGGGAUGACUGGGUAGAAGAGGAGGGAUCCUGUCUCCGCAUUUUGAGGGUCGGCCACUCCGGACCCUCUGGGGAAGGGUUUGGAGCUCUGGUGAGUCUCUAGGCAUUUGACUGUUUUCAGAUUCCUCUUUGCUUUUGUUUUUCCAUCCAUUGCUUUUGCAUGUUACAAAGAUGAUGGGCCCUUUUCACAAGAAGAAGAACCCAAAAAUCAAAACACAGAAUGACAGCCCACAUCAGCCUGAGCCUGGUGGCCAGUGUCACCUCACCAGCCACCAGAAUGUCCCAUAAGCCACGCUUCCCCUGUGUUUCGCUGGUCUUCAUCUUCCUGACAGAACCAGAACAAACUUGAGAGCAUUAGAAGAGAUGUUGCCAGCAAAACUAUUGUGAGGUUAAAAAUAAGUAUAAUCCCUCAACCUCCUUUCCCAGUUCUGAAACAGGCCAAAAUGUAGAAAGACUCAUCAAAGCCUAUGUGACAGGUGUGUGCGGCCACCGGUCCACAAAGCAGCCCAGUGCCCAGGAGCCUCAUGCCCUGCACACUGACCCUGCUCGCCCGCAGCCAUCUGUCGCAGGCUGAUGCCCUGGCUCUGCAGGGCCCCAGCAGGCUUCAGGGGUCAUUCUUUUCAGGGGGCCAGCCCAGGAGGUGUGGAGAAGGAAAAGCUGAGGGGGAUCCCUGGGAGGGUGGGGAAGAGAAGAUGGUCUGCCUGGACAGGUCUCUAAGGUAACGGAAAAGGGGCCAGGCCCAGGCACUUGGGGCUGUGAUGCCUGUCUCAGCUCUGUAGAUGUGUCUGUUGCGUGUUCAUGUGUUUCAUUGUGGUAGCAUUAAUGGGUGGUGUAUUCUCACAUUCCUAACUAUUGUAACUUGACAUUAAAAAAACAAACCCCACAAAACUUCCUGCCACGGGCUUGCAGAAUGAAGCACUUUCAAAGUUAGGCGCUGGCGUGUGCGUAAUGGGCGACCAUUUUGAUCCUGCCCAGAUUCCUAUUAUUUUAUACACAAAACUUUUUUUUCAUAAAUGUUAUAAUUUUGUGUCUGUCUUUAUAAACUAUUAUAAGUACUAUUUUUGUUAUAAUUCAAAAUAGAUAUUUAGUAUAAAGUUUUUGCUGUUAAAUAUUUGUUAUUUAGUAAACUAUGAAUUGUUCUUUAUUGUAAACAUGGUUCAAAAUAUUAAUAUGUUUUUAUCACAGUUGUUUUAAUAUUGAGAAAGCACUUGUGUGUUUUGGUAUGAUCUGGUGUCGUGUGUGUUUUGGCUGCCGUGUGGUUUUGAUGUGUAUAUAAUAUUCCAUGUUGCAUAUUACAACAAAGAAUGUCAUGCAUUUUGUGAAGUACUCAAUAUGGCUCUUUUAUUGGCUUCCAUAAUAAACUGUGGGGACUCAA